AAUCCUCUGUUCAUCUUCAUGAGCCUUCUUCAGUGAAAUGAAAACUUCCGUCCCUCUGUUCCUCUUCUCAUUUUUCUUCACAAUCGUGUGGUUUGAUCUCCAGCUCUGUUUCAGCAAUGACGCCAACGAGGAAUUUAAAGCUUGCGCGGUGUACUACAACUGCGGAGAUUUGGUUAACAUCUCGUAUCUGUUCUGGGGGAAUGAGCGGCAGGAGUUUUGCGGUCGGCGAGAAUUUGAGCUCAAUUGCAAAGACAAUAAAACCACUACGAUUCAAAUCAAUUCUAUGGAAUAUAACGUUGUGAGCAUCAGCCAAUCGGAUCAUAGAAUGAGGAUAGCAAGAUCAGACCUCUUCGAUGAUUACUGCCCUAAAAACCAAAUCAAAACGGCAACGUUGGAUCAUAAUCUGUUCAAGUAUUCUUCGAACAAUCUGAAUCUCUAUGUCUGGUAUGAUUGUCCGGCGCUAGAGGGAAUCCCGCGGGAUUUCAGAUUUGAGUGCGGUUGGGAAGAGGAAAGUAGCGGGAGAGCGAAUUAUGCUUUGGAGAAGAAGGAUGCAAUGAAUUGGAGUAGAAACAUGAGCGAUUGUAGAAUGAAAAUCGAAGUUAUAAUUAUAAAAGAUGUAUUGAAAGCAGGAGAAACGAACAGAACGGUGGUGGUGGAAAAUGGAGUGAAAGAAGGGUUUGAAGUGGAAAACGGGGAUUUGUAUACCAUAGCGUGCGAGGGAUGCAAGGAAUACGGCGGCGCGUGUAGUGGAAACGCGACUCAAGAGUUUCUCUGCAUUUGUGGAAGUGGAGAUGUAAAUCCUUACGUUUGCAAAGGAGCCCCUCCUCCUGCAACACCAGCAAAUGUUAUAUGGAUAGAGCCCACCACAGAAUCACCAUAUAACAAUGACAGAAGGAAGCCGGCCAUUAUAGGAGCAAUAUCUUCAGGAGGCUUCAUUUUAAUAAUCUUCAUUAUCAUCUUCAUCUAUUGCAAGAGAAAAAGAAUCUCAAAUAAAGACAAAAUUGAGGAAAUUAUUAGGAGAUAUUUUACACAAACGCCUAUGCGUUACAGUUACUCCAAGUUAAUGAAAAUCACAGACUCCUUCAAGAACAAGCUUGGCCAAGGAGGAUUUAGCACUGUCUACAAAGGAAGCCUACCAAGUGGAUGUGAUGUGGCUGUCAAACUUUUGAAACAAUCCAGACAAGAAAAUGGCCAAGAUUUUAUUAAUGAAGUUGUUAGCAUAGCAAAAACUUCACACAUAAACAUAGUCACACUUUUAGGUUUAUGCUACGAACAAAACAAAAGGGCUUUGGUUUAUGAAUAUAUGCCUAAAGGCUCAUUAGAUAAGUACAUAUCCCACAACAGGCUGCAAGAAAAUGAUAUGAAGUUGGAUUGUAACACACUCUAUAGCAUUGUUAUUGGAGUGGCACGAGGCUUAGAAUACUUGCAUUGCGGUUGCAACACAAGGAUUUUACAUUUUGACAUCAAACCACACAACAUUCUUUUGGAUAGUGACUUUUGUCCCAAGAUUUCGGACUUUGGACUUGCCAAGCAAUGCGAGGCCAAAAAAAGUCAUGUGUCGAUGACAGGCGUGAAAGGAACGGUAGGAUUCAUUGCACCUGAAGUAAUAUUCAAGAAUUUUGGUAAGAUUUCUCACAAAUCUGAUGUUUAUAGCUAUGGAAUGUUGGUUCUUGAAAUGGUGGGAGCAAGAAAGAAUUCCAAUGAUGGAGUGGAACAAAAGAGUGAAGAGUAUUUUCCUGAUUGGAUAUAUAACAAACUAAGACAAAGUGAAAUAGAUGGAGGAUGCUGGUGGGGAAACACAAAGGAAGAAGAAGAAAUGACAAGAAAAAUGAUAAUUGUAGGGCUGCAUUGUAUUCAGACAUUGCCCGACGACAGGCCAUCGAUGACCAAUGUGGUUGUGAUGUUGGAAGGCAAUGUUGAUGCUUUACAGAUUCCACCAAAACCCGACUUGUUCGGUCCUCCAGCCUUUGAGCAGCCUCAACCUUCUUCUUCUUCAUCAACUAAAUCCAUAAUGAUAGUUUGAUACUCUAGCAGAGAAGCAUCACAACACCAAUCAUAUUUACCUCAAAUGAAGACUCUCAGAUUUCAUUUCUUUUUAUCCUUUUGAGUAAUCAAUUGAGUAAUUCAAACAUGUAUAUGAUUCGAUGACAUUCAGAAAACAUAUUUAUAGGAGAAAAUUUU